AUGACCGCUUGGAGCGACACGCAGUCGGCGACGUUAGCCGCGGUCGUCGACACCUUCACGGGGCCGCUGAGCGCCGACGACGCGAGCCGCCUCGUCACCGAGCACCUCGCUACGCUGCGCGAUCAUGCGGCGCCGCUCCAGACGCAGACUCGCGACGGCCUCAUGGCCUUGGCCCAGGUUGACCCGAUGGAGCUCAACGUGCUCGAGAGCUUCAAGACGCUCCUGCUUGACCUGCCCAAAGACAAGGUACGAGAUAUCUCGCGCGCCUUGGACCUGCUCGCAACGGGCUGGGGCACGAUGCUGCUGACGGGCAGCCGCAUGGCGCCUUUCGUUGAGCUCGACCGCCACGAGCGCGAAGCCGCCAUGAACAACCUCGCACGCUCGCGACUGUCUAUUGUCCGGUCGCUAUUCCUCGCUUUCAAGGCACUCGUCGUCCUGCCCACGUAUGCGACACCGGCGACGGUCGAUGGCGCGCCGAGCCCGUUCUGGGCACCGCUCGAGUACCCUGGCGUGCCAGAGAAAGACCCCGAGAUGGAGCCGGCUUGGGUGCCCACCUUUGAAGACAUGGAGGCGCUUGCCAAGGAAGCAGGCGACGGCAAUCCUAUCGAGCUUGAAACCGACGUCGUCGUCGUCGGGUCGGGCGCGGGUGGCGGUGUUGUCGCGGCCGAGCUUGCUCAAGCCGGGUACCGCGUUCUCGUGCUUGAGAAAGGUGUCUACUAUAACCCGGUCGACGAUCCCUUCACCGAGCUCGCGUCGCUCCGUCAAAAGUUCGACAAUGGCUGCAUCGUCAUUCCCGAUGACGGCUCAGUGCUCUUCCUCGCAGGCUCGACUUGGGGUGGCGGCACCGCGAUCAACUGGUCGGCGUCGUUCCGGCUACCGUACAAUGUCCGACAAGAGUGGGCAACCCAGCACCACUUGCCGUACUUUACGUCGCCGGCGUACGAAGCCGCGAUCAACGCCGUGUGGGCCCGCGCCGGCGUCUCGGACGCCCAUUUUUGCCACAGCGGCGCCAACCAGGUCCUCGAAGACGGCGCGACUACGCUCGGCAUGGGCGUGGCCAAGAUCGCACAGAACACCAACGGGGCCGCACACGACUGUGGCUUUUGCAACCUCGGGUGUCCGUCGAGCGAGAAGCAGAGCUCGGCCGUGACGUGGCUCAAGGACGCGCAAGAUGCUGGUGCCAAGUUUAUUCAAGGCUGCCACGUCGAUCGCGUCACGUACUCGAGUGACAAGAUCGCGACCGGCGUCGAAGCAACCGUCUUGAACGGGUCGGUGAAGCUCAUUGUGAAGGCAGCGACCGUCGUCGCCGCCGGUGGGAGCCUCCACACGCCAGCGCUGCUGUUGCGGUCGGGCUUGGCCAACAAGAACAUUGGCAAGCACCUGCGCAUCCACCCCGUGUCGUCUGUCCACGGGUAUAUCCCGUCCAAACUCCUCCAGCCUUGGACCGGUGCGAUCAUGACAUCUGUGUGCACGCACCUCGCCGACCUCCACGGAGAUGGCUACGGCGUGCGCCUCGAAGUGCCGUCCAGUAUUCUUGGCAUGCUCUCGACGAUCCAGCCCUGGCGCAGCAACGCCGACCACAAACGCCUCGUGAUGCAGUACCCCCGCACCGCAUCCUUCAUCGCGCUCGUCCGCGACUGCGACACGACGAGCCGCGUCACCAUUGACGCCGACGGGCGUCCGCGCCUCAGUGUCUCGCUCGGCAGCAAAGACGCGCUCUCGGUGCAAGAAGGCUUGAUCGCCGGCGCCAAGAUCUUGCUGGCCCAAGGUGCUGUCGAAGUCAACACGACGCAUUUCGACUUACCGCCGCUUCAACUCCGCGCCAAAGAGGACUUGGCCAACCCGAUCGAGUGUGCGACGACCCAGAACUGGUUUGCGCAGAUCCGUGCCAAAGGCGUGGUCCAGAACCGCAUCGGUCUCUUCAACGCGCACCAGAUGGGGUCGUGCCGCAUGAGCGCGUCGCCGGACGACGGCGCCGUCAACCCCGAUGGCGAGACGUGGGACAUCAAGGGUCUCUACGUCGCGGAUGCGUCGCUCUUCCCGACAGCGUCCGGUGUCAAUCCCAUGAUGACGACGUUUGCGAUGGGGUACUCGGUCGCCCAGUUUCUGAAGGCCAACCUCGCCGCCGAGAAGCGUCAACCGACGGGCAAACUGCGCAAAGCGUGGCCGACAACGCCGUGGUGGCAGCGCUUCUUUCGCGACCCAACUGCAUUCGCGGUUAUCGCGCUGCUAUGGCUCCUGGGCGGCAAGCGCUUUUGGACCACGCGCCUCCAGGCCCUUCGUGGUCGCCCUUAAGUGUACUACAUAGUACAAUUGCUUGUUUCUGACACA